AUGGAUCUAUUCUUCGAGAUCUUGAGAAGGAAAACACACGUUUUCUGUGAUGCUAAGGAAACUGCCAAUGUUGUUGAAUUAAAGAGGAUUCUCGAGGGUAUACUUAAGGUGCCUGUAAAAGAUCAAAUAUUGCAAAAACAAACAGAAGAUGGUAAUUGGGUGCCACUGGAUGAUCGCAAAACGCUGGCUGAAAAUGGAUUUUCACAGACGAAUGCAAAAGCACAAUCCCCUGCUUGUAUCGGACUUAUUAUUACAACUGAAGAAGAUGAACUAACAGUUGAACCCCUCUCGAUUCCUCCACCCAUACCAGAUGCAAUGCGACAAGAAACACCUUCGUCCGGUGAUCAGUAA